AUGGGUUUGUAAUUUGGCAAUUUACCGAUACGAAUUCGUAGAAUCGUAUACUACAGUCUAUCGCCAUUGGAACAACGAGCCUGGGCAAAAUCGAUAACGCACGGAAUACCCAAUUUGCUGAGUAGAGCAAUGCGUGUGCUUCCAACGAUGCUUCCAGGAUUUAUAAUGUCAGCUAUGAUAUAUACGUGGUCGACUGCAGCAUAUGAUCGAUAUACUCGCAAAGAUCCCAAAUUAUACGAGAAUGACAAAGUGAAUGCAAACAUUGAUUAA